CUUGUAAAUGAAUUACCCUGAGGAUCCAGAGGAACAGCUCUCGGAGGAUGAAAACGAAGAAGAAGAGGAGGGGGAGGAUGAAGGAAUAGAGAUAAUGGAUGAGGAGGAGGAGGAGGAGGAGGAAGAAGGCGAGGCGGAGGAAAAUGAGGAGCCUAAGCUGGGCUGGGCUAACCUCCCGGACGUGUGUCUGCGGCAGGUGUUCUGGUGGCUGCGUGACCGUGACCGUGUCAAGGCGGCCCUGGUGUGUCUCCACUGGCACCACGUCAUGCGCUCGCCCUCUCUCUGGAGGGUUCGAACCUUCAACUUCUCCGGCCGCAUCUCCAGGACCCGCCGCUCGGAGCUGGAGACGGCCGUGUGUUACGCCAAGACCUACGGCGCUUACCUGGAGGAUCUGGAGAUCCGCUUCUCCCACCCCCUCAACUCUCUGGUGUCCCGGCGCUUCCAGCAGACGCUGAGGACCUUCCUCGCUGCACUGCGUAAAACCAGAGGCGGACUACGCCGCCUAACUGUCAACCACAUGGAGCUGGACCGCGCCGCCUGGUGCCGCAGCGUACGCAAGGCGCUGGUGCGCAGCCUCACAUUCUACCUGCGCCGCGAGAGCUCCCGCCUGGGCUACUUGAGCCUGCGAGGGGCCCGCCUCAACCUGCCCCAGGGCCUGGAGGUGCUGGAGGCCGUGGCUGCAUCUCAGCAGCACAUCCACCUGGGCCGCCGGCCCGGUAUCACCCACCUCAACCUGGAGGACUUCUUCUCACAGCCGCUGGCCGUCUUCAUCAGCCCCGCCUUCCCCCAGGUCAUGAACCGCUUCCAGGGCCUCUGCACCCUGACCCUCAACUACAGCUGCCUGUCGGACGAGCUGCUGGCGGCCCUGUCCGCGGCGUGUAGGAGCCUGGACGGGGGAGGGUCCCUGCAGACGUUCACCAUACGAUGCCAUAUCCACGAGCCCCACAUCCAGGUGGUCUGGGGGGAUGCCUGGUCCCAUCUGGCCCAGCGUUGUCCCGACCUCCGUGUGCAUAUCACAGUGGAGCGGAUCCUCGACAUGGACAAGCUGGGGAGGAUUCUGCUCAGAGAGAUCCCGCUGCGCUCGCUCAGUCUCACCAGUUGCUACUUCAGUGAACAGGACUGGAGUGUCAAGCCCGCCCUUACCAACCUAGUGCCCUACUACAGGAGCUGUUUACAGAAACUGACCCUGGACCUGAACAACAGCCACGAGUCUGUGGACGAGGAGCUGCUGGAGGUGGUGCUGCUGUGCAGCCAGCUGGUCUACAUGAAGGUCUGGGCAUUCCUGGACAUCAGCUUCCUGGACCGGCUGCUGCAGAAACGCCUGGAAAAAAAGAUUGUCCUAAGGACCAUCAAGGUGCGGAUCUACAUCAACAAAUAUGAGACUCAGGACGAGGAUGAGCAGCUGGAGGAGGUGUACUCUCGCUACAGACAACUCAUCAACUCAGAGCUCCACUACUUUGCCAUCUCCUACCCCAUGCUCUGACUCCUGCCUGACAGACACGUGGGCCCAUAAAGACAGCAUUUUUUUUGUUAUAUUAUCACCAGUUAAAGGAAGAGGAGGAAGGAACUACAAUUUGAUGCACAAUCAUGAUGGGUCUGGCAAAUACACACACUCUUUCGCACACACACACACACACACACACACACACACACACACACACACACACACACACACACACACACACACACACACACACACACACACACACACACACACACACA